UGACGUUAUUAGCUGUCAAAUUUUGUAAAACGGAUCAUCCCGAAGUUACGUCUUCGGGUCCUAAAAUAAAUUUUUGAAAAAUAACCUUUUUUUAAAGGUUAAUAAAUAAAUCUUAAGAUGGCUCUUAUUACGAGGAACAUUUUCCGGACCCUUCUUCAGGGCUCUCAGCAUGUAGCCAAGGGUUUGCACACGAGUGCGGUCGCCGACAAAAACGUAUGUUUUGCGCCAGCUUCCAUCAGCACCCUGCAACCAAAUGCGACGAAGGAAGGUCGCAUCAAGUGCACCCUCAUCCCCGGAGACGGCGUCGGUCCUGAGCUGGUGUACUCCGUGCAGGAGGUCUUCAAGGCGGCAGGCAUCCCCGUGGACUUCGAAAUGUACUUUUUCUCGGAGGUGAACCCCACGCUGAGCGCGCCGCUCGAGGACGUCGUCAACUCCAUUAGCCGCAACAAGAUCUGCAUCAAGGGUAUCCUCGCAACGCCAGACUACUCGCACACAGCCGAGCUUCAAACCCUGAACAUGAAGCUACGCAACACUCUGGACCUGUACGCUAACGUGGUCCACGUCAAGUCCCUGCCCAACGUCAAGUGCCGCCACCAUGAUGUGGACUGCAUCAUCAUACGAGAACAGACCGAGGGGGAGUACUCCGCCUUGGAGCACGAGGGUGUACCUGGCGUCGUGGAGUGCUUGAAGAUUAUAACGGCGACCAAAUCCGAGCGCAUCGCCAAGUUCGCAUUCGACUACGCUACCAAGAUGGGCCGCAAGAAGGUCACCGCCGUCCACAAGGCCAACAUUCAGAAGCUUGGCGACGGGUUGUUCUUGAAGAGCUGUGACGAGAUGGCAAAGCUCUACCCCCGCAUCCAGUUCGAGAAGAUGAUCGUAGACAACUGCACGAUGCAGAUGGUGUCCAACCCCAAUCAGUUCGACGUGAUGGUGACGCCGAAUCUAUACGGCAAUAUCGUUGACAACCUGGCUUCGGGACUCGUUGGAGGCGCUGGUGUAGUGGCCGGGGCUUCUUACAGUGCUGAGUGCGCUGUCUUUGAACAGGGCGCGCGUCACGUGUUCUCUGGCGCGGUGGGCAAGAACAUCGCCAACCCCACCGCCAUGCUGCUGUGCUCCGCCAACCUGCUGGCACACGUCAACCUGCACUCAUACUCCAAGAUGAUCAAGAACGCUAUCAACAAAGUAUUGAAAGACGGCAAAAUCAGAACAAAGGACCUCGGCGGCCAAUCUACCACCAAAGACUUCACCUAUGCCGUCAUUCACAGUCUAGAACAUGACGCUUAAACAGUACACCUAAAUUCGGCUAUAAAAAUCUAACUCUUAUUAGAGCCAUUGUGAUCGUUCGAAGUUACCUUCCACCAGUAAAAUUAAGUAGAAUUUUGUAUUGUACCCAUUAGAAAUCAUAAUGUAGCGAAUUUUAUAGUAUUAUUGUUUUAUAAUUUAUUUUUUCUAUUUAUUGUAAAACGAUCUGUAUACCCGUCGCGUAAAUCAUUUUUGAACCCGUAUUAUUAAGUAUUGAUUGCUAUGUACCAAUCGCUGUCGUAAAAUGAAACCCUUGUAAAGAUAUUUAGAUUUUCUCUCUAUGUUUUUGGUCACCGUUUAGAUCAAUGAAUUGUAUGAAAAAUAUGAUUACAAUGUUUUCAUUAUUUGACGCAAUGUAAAUAUUUAUUGUGAAAUAAAACACUACCAAUACUU